GAAUUGGCAACAACUGUAGAUGUGACGUCACGACCGUCGGUUAUCACGUGACCUCCGCCUCCUCUAAUUUCUCUGCCUUUUUCUGCCGAGCGUGUAAAGGAGAACUCUCUGACUCGACUUUUAAUUAACUGGACGUCCUGAGCAAUCAUGCCUAAGGAAAAGACUCAUAUCAACAUCGUGGUCAUCGGUCACGUAGAUUCCGGUAAGAGUACCACCACCGGACAUCUCAUCUACAAAUGCGGCGGCAUCGACAAAAGGACCAUCGAGAAGUUCGAGAAGGAAGCCCAAGAGAUGGGCAAAGGUUCCUUCAAGUAUGCGUGGGUGUUGGACAAGCUGAAGGCAGAGAGAGAAAGGGGUAUCACCAUCGAUAUCACCCUCUGGAAAUUCGAGACCUCCAAGUACUACGUCACCGUCAUUGAUGCCCCCGGGCACAGGGAUUUCAUCAAGAACAUGAUCACUGGAACAUCACAGGCUGACUGUGCCGUCCUGGUGGUGGCCGCCGGUACUGGAGAGUUCGAGGCUGGCAUUUCCAAGAAUGGACAGACCAGGGAGCAUGCUCUCUUGGCCUACACCUUGGGGGUCAAGCAGAUGAUCGUGGGGGUCAACAAGAUGGACACCACAGAGCCCGCCUUCAGCGAGAACCGCUUCGAGGAGAUCAAGAAGGAGGUGAGCGCCUACAUCAAGAAGAUCGGGUACAACCCGGCCACCGUACCCUUCGUCCCCAUCUCCGGGUGGAACGGGGACAACAUGCUGGAGCCCAGCCCCAACAUGCCCUGGUACAAGAGCUGGCAGAUCGAGCGCAAGGGCUCCAAGACUGAGGGCAAGACCCUGCUGCAGGCCCUGGAUGCCAUGGAGCCCCCCUCUAGGCCCCUCGACAAGCCCCUCAGGCUGCCCCUGCAAGAUGUAUACAAGAUUGGAGGUAUUGGAACCGUGCCCGUGGGCAGAGUAGAGACCGGAGUCCUGAAGCCCGGAAUGGUGGUGACCUUCGCUCCCGCCAACCUGACCACGGAGGUCAAAUCCGUGGAAAUGCACCACGAGGCCCUCACCGAAGCAGUGCCCGGAGAUAACGUCGGAUUCAACGUCAAGAACGUCUCUGUCAAGGAGCUGCGCCGAGGCUACGUGUGUGGGGACAGCAAGGACACUCCCCCCAAGAGCACCGAAGAGUUCACCGCCCAGGUGAUCGUGCUCAACCACCCGGGACAAAUCUCCAACGGAUAUACCCCUGUGCUCGACUGCCACACCGCCCACAUCGCCUGCAAGUUCCGUGAGAUCAAGGAGAAGUGCGACAGGCGUACCGGCAAGAAACUAGAAGACAACCCCAAGUUCAUCAAGUCCGGCGACGCCGCCAUCGUGGACCUGAACCCCAGCAAGCCCAUGUGCGUGGAGACCUUCACCGACUUCCCCCCUCUGGGGCGCUUCGCCGUCCGGGACAUGCGUCAGACGGUGGCCGUGGGCGUCAUCAAGGCCGUCAAGCCCAAGGAGGCCUCCGGGGGCAAGGUGACCAAGGCCGCGGAGAAGGCGCAGAAGAAGAAAUAACUAUCCGUGGGCGCGCGGAUGGACAAUGGCCGUCGUAAGGCGAGCACCCGCGUCAUACUGCUGUCUCUCAGCCCCUGGCUGCUCGCCCACAUGUGUCACCGCAAGGAGUUCCGGAGGAAAAAGCCGCCACCCCCCCUAUCUCUGUUUUUUUCAUUAUUGUCCUCUUUGCCGUUGCUUUAUGUAUCUUAAAUAAAUUUAUUGGUCGUGCA